CCUCAGCCUUUCCUGGGCACCGAGAUGCUCCAGGCCCUCCUCAUCCUCCCAGCCUGAGCUGGCCCCGCUCCAGGAGCUCUGUGUCUUCCUUUUCCUGAGGAGCCCAGGACUGGACACAAUCCUCCAAAUGUGCCUCACCAGGGCUGGGCAGAGGGGCAAGGCUCACUUCCCCCCUGCACCUCUGGGCCAUACCCCAUUCCUGUCUCCCUGCAGUGCAGUGCCCCUGACCCAUGUGGAGGUGGAGGGUCGCAGGGAUCAGCCACCCCUCGUCCUGCUCCACGGGCUCUUUGGCAGCCACAGCAACUUUCAGACAGUGGCCAAGGCACUGGUGCGCCGCGGCAGUGGCAAGGUGCUGACAGUGGACGCCCGGAACCAUGGCAGCAGCCCCCACAGCCCCGUGAUGACGUAUGAAGCGAUGAGCCUGGACGUGCAGCACCUCCUGAGCCGCCUGGGCAUCACCAAAUGCAUCCUCAUAGGACACAGCAUGGGGGGCAAGACAGCCAUGACACUGGCCUUGCAGCGGCCAGACCUGGUGGAACGCCUCAUCUCUGUAGACAUUAGUCCUGGCUCAACCGCCCCUGUGUCCGAAUUCUCUGCCUACAUCUCGGCCAUGAAGGAGGUGAAGGUCCCAGCGGGGCUGUCCCGCUCGGCAGCACGCCAGCUGGCAGAUGACCAGCUGCAGCCCGUGGUCAAGCUCCCACAGCUGAGACAGUUCCUCCUCACCAACCUGGUGGAGGUGGAGGGCUGCUACGUGUGGCGGGUGAACCUGGAGGCUAUUUCCCGGCACCUGGCAGAUAUCAUGAACUUCCCCGCCUUCCAAAAGCCAUAUCCUGGUCCUGCACUCUUCUUGGGAGGGUCCGACUCGCCCUAUAUCAGCUCCAGAGACUACCCAGAGAUCCAACGUCUCUUCCCCAAGGCAGAGAUCCAGUACAUUAAAGGAGCAGGCCACAUAGUCCAUCAGGAUAAAUUUGAAGAAUUCAUCACUGCUGUCCUCAAUUUCCUGCCACAGCUGUAGCACUGGGGACCAGGGUUUCUGCAGGGACCAUGUGGGUCCUGAGGAGCUCUGGACAGUGAUGCAGGGCUUGGGCUGAGGAUGGGCUCAGCUGGGACUGGCUGCCCUCACUGCAGUCUGAUCCUGCCUGCACGACCUUCUCCCAUCCUGAUUCUUCUGCAGCCAGAGCAGAGAGGUACCUGCAUCCUGCUGAGAUCUCCUGGCACCUCUCAGGGACAUGGGGUGCCAUUGGCUCAGGACACUGUCCUGCUUGCACAGGGGUGUCAGGCAUAUGGAGGGGACAGGAGAGCCCUCUUCUUUUCCUGCUGCCAGACUCUUCCAUGGAUCUGGCUGUGACUUUGCAGAAUGUGCAAUAAAGCUGAAUCCAUGCCAAGGCAGAACAGGGGUUGGAUGUGGCCAUGGUGGGCAGGGCAUGUGUGGGGGGCAUAGGAGGGGGUUCUCAGUUGGAAGCAGGGAUGCUGGUGGGAGGUGACAGCUGGACUGGGCCCUGAUGUGACAUGCUGUGGGAGCAGUGCACAUGAGACACAGCUUUGAGGAUCUUUCUUGGCUUCCAGGGGAAAUUGCAUCAUUGCUCUUGGAAUCUGCCUCCCGAGCAAGGAGCAUGUUUGCCCAGGCUGUCCCAAAGGCAGGUGUCACUUCAUCCCUGAGCUCCUGACAAUUUCUUCCCUCCUACCUACUCUGCAUCCUCCUGCAGUAUAACACCCACCCACCAUGGGCUGGAGGCAGAGGAGCAGGGUGUCUGCUGCAAAAAUCCCUUUAUUGGACAACUGGUAAAGCUGGGGACAGGGUAGAAGUGACUAUGGGGGUGACAAAUCAUCUCUGUCACAACUGGGGACACACUGCGUGUGCAGACAGUAGAGAGAGACAUUAAUUAUCUCUGCUUUUGUUGCUCCAGAGCCAGGU